AUGCCAGCAAUCUUGACCCCAGAAACCCUCCUAGAACCCGCCUUGGUGCGCCGCACUGCCCCAACUGCGGCUCCAAAUGCAACUACUGCAGCUUUAGAAGUUGUAUGCGCAUGGCCAGUGUCCGGCCAGUACGGACCUGGCACCCGAUAUUUGUAUCACCCCCCCUUCCGUGUCCUCAGCAAGAUAGCAUCCCCUGACCCCGGCAGAUACUACGUCCUAAUCGCCGCCUGUGUAUUUGCCCGCAAGGCCGAGUUCAUUCGUAAUGCUUGCUUAGCUGCUGUGUUACUCUUCCCUGCUGUGGCUGCGUUGCAUGGGAUUGUCCUCGCAUCGCUCCACGUCGAUGGAGCGGUCGAUAUGGAUGUGUACGGAGCUUUUCAGCUGUGCGCUAUCGGGAUUCUGACAGCACCAGCAACAGUAAGACUUUCGGCCACAUAUUUCCACAAUCCGGGCCGCGAAAUCAUAUUCUUAUGGACAGGCCUCCUCCUUGCGGGACUCCUCAGUUUGACCGUAGAAUUCAUUCGCCUCUCCCAACCACUUGCCCUGCAGACGACCCGGCCUCUGUUUCCUGGAAGAAAGCAGGGGAAUUUCUCUACGGAAGUUCAUGCGGCAUGGUUUCUGGAUUUUAACACCGCCACUUUACUCGCGGCCGCCUGCUGUGUCCCGGCUAUCUUGUCCUUGGUCUCGAUGUGGAUCAAGAUUCUGGACGACAGGUGGGAUCAGAUCUCUGGUACAAAGCGGUUAAAGAAGGAGAAUGAGCCUAUUGAAGGCACCAACGGAGCUACUCCAAUCCAAAUGUCAGGGAUCGCAACCAAGAUCCGCGAGUGGCUAAGGCUGAUAGAGAUCCCCGUCUUUGCUGCUGGGGUCCUAGCGAUCCUCGUCAAGGGGGAGAUGAACUUCUGGAGCGCUCCAGUGAAUUAUCAAACGGAACCCAUGUCCAGUGUCGGUCAAUGGGCGCCCGUCGUUGGUACCGGUCUUGCUAUAGUCGGCUCGCUUUAUCUUCUUUUUGCCGCUGAAAUGGAUAAGGAAGACAAGCCUUCGAAAAACCCCGUGCCACCCUGUCCCACCUGCGGUGGUGAUGAGAUGUACCGAGACAGGUUGGGAUCAACGAGCUCUGGGCCUUCCUCUAGGGAUAGUGAUCAAGAAGCCACGGUUGAGAUGGAGGAGACUGUUUCUUAUCCAUCAUUUCCGAAACUGAGUCAAAUCACAACUCUGCCCGGAGAAGAUGACCCAGGGGGACGGCGAACCGUGGCACGGUUCUUCAAUGCAGCUAGUGGCUACCUCGCCACCAAAGCGCACACUAACUUCGAAGAGAAUGGGUUCGAGGUAAACGAGAGAACUACAUUCCCUGAGGUCCCAGCCGAGAGCUUUCGCAAUGAGCACUACCAGGAUAUGAAGAAUAUCUUCGAAAGCACUCCGAUCACUCGAUCCAGAGCGACAAGCUUUGUCGGCAGUGAAUAUUCUAAUGGUGAAGGCAGCUCUAGGACGCCCCGCGAGACUCCCAAUCGCCAGCUCUCGUUACCUGUACGAUCUCCGAAGCCGGCUUUUAUUCGCCGGCCCCAUUCAAAGACCCUUCCUUCUCGUUCGAAUUCGUUCGAGGUCCCCAGCUUUGUAGAUCGUGGAGCGUUUACCAGUUCGCCGACCUCGGAUCGAUCGUCACCAGAACCACAGCAUGGUACAUCGGACCCGUCUAUAGCAGAAAGUCUUCCUGCAACACCACGAGUUGGGCCCCCAACAACGCCAACAAUAGUUGUCUCGGAUCCACUUGACUGA